AUGCGGUCCAUCUUCGCUCUCAGCCUGCUCGCCUUCGCCGGCUUCUCGGCAGCCCAGGACUCGGAGCAAAACAACUACCCGUACACAAUCGACCCGGAGAAUGUCGACCAAUCGCUGAGAGACAAGUGGUGCGACGACCAGAAGGCUGUAUGCCCGCUCAUCUGCCUCCAGCAGCCAGGCGUCACAACCAUGAACACUGUCUCGAACGACUGCGAUCCGGACGCCCUCACCUACUCCUGCGUCUGCGACGACGGCACCGCUCCAAACGUCACCCAAUACACCCUAACUCUCCCAUACUACAUCUGCACUGAGUGGGUCAUCGAAUGCGUCAACAACUGCAACGGUGACAACACCUGCGGCUACGACUGCCGGCAAGUAGCCAACCACCCCUGCGGAGCCCAAGAUCCCAAGAAGCCCAACGCGACAGCCUCGUCCACCACAAUGUCUGCCACCGCUAGCCAGACCGCCGCCGACUCCUCGAUACCCGUGACCGGUCUUCUCGGCGCCACUUCCACCAGCGAACCUGGCGCUGCCCCGGCCAUGCUCGACCUUUCGGCGGGCUAUGGCAUGGCCGUUGUCUUCGCCGGUGUCUUUGCCGGAUUCGCCCUCUUGUAA